CUGCUGGCUCGUAUGCUCGUAAUACAUGAGCCUCGUAUUAUCAUUAUCGUCGUCGUGGUCGUCGUCGCACACACAUCUCUUCCUUGCUCUUCUCUGUCGGUGUGUCCCCAUCAAACCAGAUCAAAAGCGCAGUGGUGCAGUUGUCUUCAAGGAAUAGUUCCAUUGAUCUCUGACGCAGUAAACGAAGCUCCAAAUCGUCGCAAUGGGAAAUGAGAACUCACUGGCCAUGGAGCUUUGCUCUAAUUGUAAGUCCUUCGAUGCAGACGAAAUAAGAAGGUUGGGCAAAAGAUUCAGGAAACUGGAUCUAGAUAACAGUGGUGCUCUCAGUAUUGAUGAGUUCAUGACUUUACCAGAGUUGCAACAAAAUCCUUUAGUACAACGUGUCAUAGACAUAUUUGAUGCAGAUGGAAAUGGAGAGGUAGAUUUUAAAGAAUUCAUCCAAGGUGUAUCUCAAUUCAGCGUCAAGGGUGAUAAGGAGAGCAAACUGCGGUUCGCCUUCCGAAUAUACGAUAUGGACAAUGAUGGUUUUAUUAGUAAUGGUGAAUUGUUCCAAGUACUAAAAAUGAUGGUAGGAAACAACUUGAAGGACACUCAGCUACAACAAAUAGUCGACAAAACUAUAUUAUUUGCUGACAAAGAUGAGGAUGGCAAGAUUAGUUUUGAAGAAUUCUGUUCGGUUGUCGGUAAUACCGACAUUCACAAGAAAAUGGUGGUUGACGUUUAAGUAAACGAAAAAACGCGUAAACACUCAAAGUACUAAUAAUCGCGAUGAUUCGAUUGGGUAUUAUCAUAAAAAUGAAGAAGUACUUUCUUUCUAAAUCCCUUACAAUUUUGUCUUUGUAUGAAUAUUUAUACAUUUGCUAAACUAAUGCAUAUCGUAACUUGAGAAAGAGAAAAGAUCAAAUCGCAUCUGCGAGAUUAUAGAGGUCAACUCCAUUUAACACACAAAAAGAGAUCUUUGAGGAAAAAAAAGUCAACUCAGGUUAAAUUAGCGAAUUAAAUAGAAACAGAUUGUUUAAAGCAUGAUGACUUACUACAUAAGGUAAUUUUUGAAUCUUUAUUUUCCUCAAAUAUCCAAGUUGACCUUUUUGUAACUCAAUCAUUUAACUUGCGGGUUAAAUCGAGUUGGUAUGUUUUUUAUAGCAGAGGCAAAAUCUUCCCUUCUCCUCAGGAGACGAUUUAUGAAACUGUACUUGCCUCUGGACGCAUAUCUUCUUGCCAAAUACCUUACUUUUGUACUCGUGAUUUCCUGAUGGAUAUUAAAUGUGCAAUAUUAUUGAGUACUUUAUAAUCGUGUGCCUAUUAUACCAAAGUAUAUUUCUGAGUUGAAAAAAAAAAAAAAUCAUGUCUUUAAAAUGUACUGCUUUAAUCUAUUUGGUGUGCAAUUGAUUUUAAUACAUUAGCUUAGAAAUUUGUUUGCAUUAAAAUUUUGUAAUAUUGAAAUAUGAUAAUACCCAAA